AUGACAACACACGAUUUUCUACCGAUCGAAAUAUUCCUCCUUAUUGCUGAGAGCUCAGAUCUACAUACUCUAUGCUCGUUUGUUAGAGCUUUUCCGCAUGUUGCAGAAGCACUGACGUCUCCGCAUUUCUCGAUUCACGACGAAUUUCAGAACUCUAUAGUCCACUUACUAGCAGCUGAUGGAGAGCACGAGCUCUUCCUGCAAGUCUUGAAAUGCAGAAGCGCUCUCCCUGACAGGAAGAACAAGGACGGGCAUACCCCAAUGUCACUUGCAGUCACCAAUGGGCAUCUCCCGGUCGUUCAAGCACUAGUGAAUCGAAAUGACGUUGACACAAGUCUUACGGACUCCAUGAACAGGACCUUGCUACACAUGGCAUCACUGAGCGGCCAUGAAUCAGUACUGGAUGUGGUCAUGCAUUGGCCUGCGGUAUACAUCAAUCAAAAAGAUAAGCAUGGCCAAACCGCCUUUUCACUUGCAGCCGAAUAUGGUCAGGAGCGGGCAGUCGUGAUGAUGAUAAAGGAAGCAGAUUUAUAUGCAAGGGAUGUUUGGGGGCGAGUUGCUCUGCAUGUCGCAGCGCUUAAUGGCCAUCAAAAGAUUGUGAAGAUUCUACUGAGUAAACCCGACGUGGAUGCCAAUAUCCUCGACGAUCGACGCUGGACACCUCUUUCUUACGCCGCAGGAAAUGGACAUGCCCCAGUGAUUGAAGCUUUGUUGCGUGAGAACGAUGUUGAUAUUUACUGGCGCGGGAUUGAACAUCAGGACCCCCUUUCAUUGGCAGCAGAGAACGGGAAUCCAGUAGCUGUGGAUUUACUGCUACGUCGAAUGCAACAAGACCUCACAGCAUCCAAAGGCCCCACGCAUCAGCUGAGUUCGCAAUUGAACUUCAGAGAUCUGUGGGGGCGCACCCCUGUAUCAAUUGCAGCCGAAUAUGGACACGAAGCAGUAGUAACUCUAUUAGUCGCGCUUCCGGACGUGGAUAUCAACGUCGGGGACUAUGGACAAGAGGGACCAUUGACAAAGGCUGCAAGAAACGGUCAUGAGAGUAUAGUGCAGUUAUUGCUCGAUCGACCGGACAUUGAUAUUUGUUCCUCGAAUGUACGACGACAGACACCACUAGACCUUGCAGUCCUGGCAGGUCAUACGAAUAUUGUAAUGGUUCUACAGAGGCACUCCCUCAUCGCGGCCCCAGAUCUGGCAGGUGUUUCACUUUCACCUAGAUGUGACAUUCAUAAUUGA